CGACGGACGGCGACGAUGGCCGCGGCAGCGGGCAGCGGGCCGGGGGCGGCGACGGGCGCAGGGGGCGCUGGGGGCGCUGCGGCGGCUGCGGGCCUAGCGGUCUAUCGGCGGAAGGACGGGGGCCCUGCCGGCAAGUUCUGGGAGAGCCCGGAGACGGUGUCUCAGCUGGACUCGGUGCGCGUCUGGCUGGGCAAGCACUACAAGAAGUAUGUUCAUGCAGAUGCUCCUACCAAUAAAACUCUGUCUGGAUUGGUGGUACAACUUCUUCAGUUCCAGGAAGAUGCCUUUGGGAAGCAUGUCACUAAUCCGGCUUUCACCAAACUCCCUGCAAAAUGUUUCAUGGAUUUCAAAGCUGGAGGCACCUUGUGUCAUAUUCUUGGGGCUGCUUACAAGUAUAAAAAUGAACAGGGAUGGCGGAGAUUUGAUCUGCAGAAUCCAUCCCGAAUGGAUCGGAAUGUUGAAAUGUUUAUGAACAUCGAGAAAACAUUGGUGCAGAACAAUUGUCUGACCAGACCCAACAUCUACCUCAUUCCAGACAUUGAUCUGAAGUUGGCUAACAAAUUGAAAGAUAUCAUCAAGCGACAUCAGGGAACAUUUACUGAGGAGAAGUCAAAAGCUUCCCACCACAUUUAUCCAUAUCCUUCCUCACAAGAGGAUGAAGAAUGGCUGAGACCAGUGAUGAGAAAAGACAAGCAGGUUUUAGUGCACUGGGGCUUUUACCCAGACAGCUAUGAUACUUGGAUACAUAGUAAUGAUGUUGAUGCAGAAAUUGAAGAUCCACCAAUUCCAGAAAAGCCAUGGAAGGUUCAUGUGAAAUGGAUUUUGGAUACUGACGUUUUCAAUGAAUGGAUGAAUGAGGAGGAUUAUGAAGUAGAUGAGAACAGGAAGCCAGUGAGUUUUCGUCAGCGAAUUUCAACAAAGAAUGAAGAGCCAGUCAGAAGUCCAGAGAGAAGAGAUAGAAAAGCAUCAGCUAAUGCUCGGAAGAGGAAACAUUCACCUUCACCUCCCCCUCCUACACCUACAGAAUCGCGGAAGAAAAGUGGGAAGAAAGGCCAAGCUAAUCUUUAUGGGAAGCGCAGAAGUCAGAAAGAGGAAGAUGAGCAAGAAGAUCUUACCAAGGACAUGGAAGACCCAACACCUGUACCCAAUAUAGAGGAGGUGGUACUCCCCAAAAAUGUAAACCCAAAGAAAGAUAGUGAAAAUACACCCGUUAAAGGAGGAACUGUAGCAGAUCUAGAUGAGCAAGAUGAAGAAACAAUAACAACAGGAGGAAAGGAAGAUGAAGAUCCUAGCAAAGGUGAUCAGAGUCGGUCAGUUGAUCCUGGUGAAGAUAAUGUGACAGAGCAGACUAAUCACAUUAUUAUUCCCAGCUAUGCAUCAUGGUUUGAUUAUAACUGUAUUCAUGUGAUUGAACGUCGUGCUCUUCCUGAAUUUUUCAAUGGAAAAAACAAAUCCAAGACUCCAGAAAUAUAUUUGGCAUAUCGAAAUUUUAUGAUUGACACAUACCGUCUGAACCCCCAAGAGUAUUUAACCAGCACUGCUUGUCGGAGAAACUUGACUGGAGAUGUGUGUGCUGUGAUGAGGGUUCAUGCCUUUUUAGAGCAGUGGGGCCUCGUUAAUUAUCAAGUUGAUCCAGAAAGUCGACCCAUGGCAAUGGGACCUCCUCCUACUCCUCAUUUUAAUGUAUUAGCUGAUACUCCCUCUGGGCUUGUGCCUCUUCAUCUUCGAUCACCUCAGGUACCUGCUGCUCAGCAGAUGUUAAAUUUUCCUGAGAAGAACAAGGAAAAACCAAUUGAUUUGCAGAACUUUGGUCUCCGUACUGACAUCUACUCCAAGAAAACAUUAGCAAAGAGUAAAGGUGCUAGUGCUGGAAGAGAGUGGACAGAACAGGAGACCCUUCUACUUCUGGAGGCCCUGGAGAUGUAUAAGGAUGAUUGGAACAAAGUGUCAGAACAUGUCGGAAGUCGUACUCAGGAUGAAUGCAUCCUCCACUUUUUAAGGCUUCCCAUUGAGGACCCAUACCUCGAAAACUCAGAUGCUUCCCUUGGACCCUUGGCCUACCAGCCUGUCCCUUUCAGUCAGUCGGGAAAUCCAGUCAUGAGUACUGUUGCUUUUUUGGCAUCUGUGGUGGACCCUCGUGUGGCAUCUGCUGCAGCAAAAGCAGCUUUAGAGGAGUUUUCUCGGGUCCGAGAGGAGGUACCACUGGAGUUGGUUGAAGCCCAUGUCAAGAAAGUACAAGAGGCUGCCCGAGCCUCUGGGAAAGUGGAUCCUACCUAUGGCUUGGAGAGCAGCUGUAUUGCAGGCACAGGGCCUGAAGAGCCAGAGAAACUUGAAGGAGCUGAAGAGGAAAAAAUGGAAACAGACCCUGACGUUCAACAGCCUGAAAAGACAGAAAACAAAGUGGAAAAUGAAACAGAUGAAGGUGAUAAGGCACAAGAUGGAGAAAAUGAAAAAAAUAGUGAGAAGGAACAGGACAGUGAAGUUAGUGAGGAUAUCAAGUCAGAAGAAAAGGAGACUGAAGAGAACAAGGAACUCACUGAUACAUGUAAAGAAAGAGAAAGUGAUACUGGGAAGAAGAAAGUGGAACAUGAAAUUUCUGAAGGAAAUGUUGCCACAGCAGCAGCAGCUGCUCUUGCCUCAGCUGCUACCAAAGCCAAGCACUUGGCUGCUGUGGAAGAGAGAAAGAUCAAGUCCCUCGUAGCUCUCCUGGUUGAGACACAAAUGAAGAAACUAGAGAUUAAACUUCGACAUUUUGAGGAGCUGGAAACUAUCAUGGACAGAGAGAAAGAGGCUUUAGAACAACAGAGGCAACAGUUACUUACUGAACGCCAGAACUUCCACAUGGAACAGCUAAAAUAUGCUGAAUUACGAGCCCGGCAGCAAAUGGAACAGCAGCAGCAUAGCCAGAACCCUCAACAGGCACACCAGCACUCAGGAGGACCUGGCCUGGCCCCUCUUGGAGCAGCAGGACACCCUGGCAUGAUGCCUCAUCAGCAGCCUCCUCCCUACCCUCUGAUGCACCACCAGAUGCCACCACCUCAUCCACCCCAGCCAGGUCAGAUACCAGGCCCAGGUUCCAUGAUGCCUGGGCAGCCCAUGCCAGGCCGCAUGAUUCCCACCGUCGCAGCCAACAUCCACCCUGCUGGGAGUGGUCCUGCCCCUCCUGGUAUGCCUCCAAUACCAGGAAACAUCUUGGGACCCCGGGUCCCCCUCACAGCACCGAACGGCAUGUAUCCCCCUCCGCCACAGCAGCAGCCACCACCACCUGCAGAUGGGAUUCCUCCACCUCCUGCUCCAGGCCCACCAGCCUCGGCCACUCCUUAGCCUGGAAGAUAGGAAACCUCUACGCCCACCGCAAACUGGAGUGGGGAUGACAACACUUGUGUUUCUCGGCUUCCUUGGGUUUCUUUCAGGAUUUUUCUUCUCACAACCCCAAGCACGUGUCCCACAUCUCCCCACUCCUCUUGCCACCCCUCUCUGUGCUCUGUUACCUCUUGUGUCAGGUCCUCAGCUGACACUCAAGGGGAAGCCUGUGGUGACCGUGUGCCCUGGUCAUCCUACAAAUAACCUGCACUCCCCUGUCCUGGUGUGGGAGGCAUUGUCUGUUCAUCUGCAGGUCCUGUCAACAAUAGUAUUCUAAGUCUUUAUCAUUUUUGCUCUCCUAUAGUGGGUUUUUUGUUUGUUUGUUUUCUUUGGGUUUUUUUAAUUGUUGUUGUCAUUAGGGAUUUUUUGUUUUGUUUGUUUGGGUUUUUUGGGUUUUUGGUUUUUGUCUUAUGCUUCAAUGGAUAAUCCUCUAUAAUUAUUAUCUUUUUUUCCUUGGUUAUGGUUGUUUUAAAGGAGAGCAUCCUAAGUUAAUAGGAACCAAAAAAAUGGUGAUGGGCAGAAGGAGAUAGCCACAGGGGACACACCUUAAGGCAUUAUAAGUGACCUUAUUUCUGCUUAUCUGAGCUAAGAGUGGUGCUGCUGGUAAAGUUUCCUGAGACUUUUGCCACACAUAAAUGCACCAGAAUUAAAAGAGAUGGGAAGUGGGGGGUAUGAUGGAAGUGAUGGAAAUGAGGGCCUCCACCUUGCCUGGCAGAACACAGCCACUUUAACUAGUAUGUGGUAGAGGAGAGCACAAAUAUUAGAACAAAUCCACUCCUUCCCAGACCCACUGGUUCUGGUUUUCUAUGCAGAUGAUUUGCUAAAUUGGGGGUGGGUAUUUUGUUUUUCUGAGGGCAGUGUGAGCUUUGAGGGUUGGAAUUUGGGGAGGCAUUCCUUAGUUCCCUAGACUACCCAGGAAAGUUUAAGGAAUCUAAAGCAGUGGUCUCCCCAUGAACCAAGCCUGUUACUCAUUGCUUUGUAUGUAUUCUUUUUCUCUCUCUCUUUAAAAAAAAAAAAAAAAAAAAAAUCCUUUAAAAGAGAAGGAAAAAAGAAAAGGUAAAUAGAUAGUGCUAAACAUUUUAGCUCAUGGAACUUGGUUAGGAUGGCUGGGGGUUCAAGUCCCCAAACUACCUCUUGCAGUAGCCAGGGUGAGUGGAAUUUCAUGAAGUGGUCCUUAGGUUUGGAUAGGAUUGGAAGAGUGGGGCAGAUCUUCAGCCUCUUGUACCUUCUCCCUUCCCUUUCUGAGAUUUCACAUUCCAUCUGUCACAGGGUUGUCAAGGAGGUACUGAGGGUACCAAGGACCUCACUUGGCUCCAGAGCAUCAUGCUUUAAGGUUUGGGGUGCUCGGGCUGGGAGGGUGGGUUGCCAUUCCAGAGGAAGAGCCACAAAAAUGCCUUAAUUUGAGCCCAUAUCUACCCCUGCUGAUGAGUGACUUGAGAGUUCUUGGUUUUGUCGUCUUGUCCUUCUCUCCCUUCUGUCCUUCCAUGAGUAGCAAAAGGGUGUUUUGGUAGAGCUUGGUUUCAAAGCACCUGGCUUCUUCACUUUAUGUUCUCAAGUUUCAUUAUUUAGAAUGCAAAUCAGAACAUCUUUGGAUAUCUUUUUCUAUGUAUUUUCUAAAGCUUUACAUAUAAGAGGGUGUAGGGAGGUGUUUAUAAAACACCAUAGAACUUUUCCCCUUAAUAUCAGAAAGCAAAAAAUAAAACCACAAUUGAGAUUUGCCUUUCAAACCCUCAGGUUUGCCUCUAUCCAGGUGGCCCUGGUCACCAUCAGAGGUUGGAAUACUAGAACCAAGGAGACCUUGUUCCUUUAUUGUGUUUGUUCUAAACUUUUGGGGUGGAAAUGGAAAUGAGCUUGUUCCAACUGGAGUUUACUUGCAAUGCAUUUGCCUCCUGAAAGACCCCAGUGCCUUUUGAUAAUGGCCAGGGUUUUCCCUACUUCCCUCCGGUUUUCCCAAAGGAAACUCAUUCCAAAUACUUACCUUUUCCCCUGGAGUCAUAGAAAGAAAGUGUAAUUCUGGUUCAUACUGUGGUCCCUUGUAACCUCAGGUCUCUAAUGUGAUCACUUUCAAAUUUAAAAGAUCCAGGUGGAAAUAUUUUUACUAUGCCGGUAAUUGACAAAUACCUGAAUUCAACACUGUUAAGUUUCAGUAUAAGUGAUGACUUUCUUUUCAUGUUUUUAUCUGGUUUCAUUCCUGUAUUACAGCUACCCAAUUGUGGGGGGUGGGGGGAGAUAAUAUGUGGUUUUUGUAUAAACAUGUUUCUCACUGUGUUGUUAUUUUAGAAAAAUGAGGGGAGGGAGUUUGAAAGAUUGGAAGAAAUGAAUAAAUGAAAUACCAUUUCUGGA